AUGCGCCUGGCCGGGGGCCGCGGGGGCCGCCGCGCCGCCCCCGAGGAUGACGAGGGCGGGUUCCGGGGGGGCUCGCGGCGGCGGCUCGGCGGGGCGGCCCCGGCGGCGGCCCCGGGGGGCGAGGCGGGAGCGGGCGAGGCGGGAGCGGGCGGCGCGGAGCGGCCGCCGGGCGCGCAGGGGCUGCGGAACCACGGCAACACCUGCUUCAUGAACGCCGUGGUGCAGUGCCUGAGCAACACGGCGCCGCUGGCCGAGCGCCUGGCGCUGGGCCGGUACCGCGCCCGCGGAGAGGUCACGCACCGGCUGGCGGCCCUGGUCCGGGCGCUCUGGACCCGCGAGUACACCCCGCAGCUCUCCGCCGAGUUCAAGAACAUCGUCUCCAAGCACAGCUCGCAGUUCCGGGGCAAUGCUCAGCACGACGCGCUCGAGUUCCUGCUCUGGCUGCUGGACCGAAUGCACGAGGACCUGGGCGCCGCCUCCCCGGCCCAGCAGAGCCGCGGCCCCGCGCAGCCUGGCAAGGACGGAAGCAGUUGUGCCAGCAGGUCCCCCCCUGGCACCCAGCACCCCCGUGGGCAGAGCUUCGUGCAGAGCCACUUCCAGGCCCAGUACAGGUCCUCCCUGACGUGCCCUCACUGCCUGAAGCAGAGCAACACCUUCGACCCCUUCCUGUGCAUCUCGCUGCCCAUCCCGCUGCGCCAGACCAGGGCUCUGAACGUCACGCUGGUGCUGCAGUGCGAGCGCUGGCGCUUCGUGCGGGUGGGCCUGGCCGUGCCGCUGCUGGGCACCGUGGCCGACCUGCGGGAGAUGGUGGCGCGGGAGGGCCGCGUCCCCGCCGAGCAGGUGAUCCUGGCCGAGGUGUCCCCGCGGGGCCUCCUGCGCUCGCUGUCCGACCCCGAGGCGCUGCGGGCGGCCGGCGAGGCCGCGCCCGUCUACGCCUUCCAGCCGCCGCCCGCCCGCCGCGCAGGGUGUCCACGCAGCCUCCCCACGUCCCCCGCGGUGCCACGGCCGGAGGGGCCGCGCUUGCUGUCCAGCGCUGCCCGCUCCUCCGACUGCCUGCACCGCGCGCCCGGCGGCCGCAUCCUGCUGCUGCUCUGCAACACAGCGGGCACGGGGCCACAGCUCGCCAGGUUCGGGCCGCCGCUGGUGCUGCGGGAGGAGCGCGGCGUCUCCUGGGAGCAGCUGCAGCAGAACAUCCUGGCCCAGCUGAGGGGGGUCCUGCGGGGAGAUGUCCGGCCACAGGGCACAGGAGCCCUUUUCCGGAUCCGCCUGGCCGGGGGCUCGGCCCCCUGCACCUACCUGUCCCCUCAGGAUCCUCAUCCUCUCUGCCACCCUGCCAUCGACAGGGCCCUGCAGCUGUGCGGGGCCGGGGGCCCUCCCCACGUCAGGCUGACGGUGGAGUGGGACAUGAGCACCAAAGAGCGGCUGUUUGGGAGCAUCCAGGAGGAGGUGGUGCAGGAUGCAGAGAGCGUGAGACGGCAGCAGCAGGUGCAUGGGCAGCAGCACAGCUGCACCCUGGAUGAAUGCUUCCAGCUCUACACCAAGGAGGAGCAGCUGGCCCCGGACGAUGCCUGGCGCUGCCCGCACUGCAAGGUGCCCCAGCAGGGCACGGUGAAGCUCAGCCUGUGGACGCUGCCCGACAUCCUCAUCAUCCACCUGAAGCGCUUCCGGCAGGUGGCCGAGCAGCGGCACAAGCUCACCACGCUGGUGAGGUUCCCGCUGCGGGGGCUGGACAUGGCCCCGCACGUGGCACAGCGGGGCCAGCCCGGGGGGCAGCUCCUGGGGCGCUGGGUGCCCUGGCAGCCCACCCUGUGCCUGCCCCCGGGCUGCCCCCGCGACCACCUGUACGACCUGUACGCCGUCUGCAACCACCAUGGCAGCAUGCAGGGCGGCCACUACACCGCGUUCUGCUGCAACGCCCUGGACGGGCGCUGGUACAGCUACGACGACAGCCGGGUGGAGUGGGUGCGCGAGGCCGAGGUGAGCACCCGCAGCGCCUACAUCCUGUUCUACCAGCGCCGCCGCGCCGCCGGCUCCGGCUCGGGCUCCGCCGCCGCCGCGGGGCACUGGGUGUUCCGCCUGGCCGCCUCCGAGCCCCGCGCCGACCCCCGCACCGACCCCGACCCUUCGGGCUCCGUCGCCGCCCCGGAGAACGGCGGGUUCGAGGCGCGGCCCUCGGUGCGGGGCCUGCAGGGGCUGCACGGUCGCAGCCUCAGCGUCCGGACCGUCCCCGCCGGACCCGCGGGACAGGGGGAGCCGGGCGCCCCCCGCGCCCCCCGCCGGCUCCGCCGGGCCGCCAGCGCCGAGGGGACCCCGCGCCGGCCGCCGCCGGGAGCCGGCAGCAGCCCCGGGGCCGCGGGGCCGCGGGGGGACGCGGCUGUGCCCCCGGGCCGCUGCCCCCCCGGCCCCUCGGCGCUGGGGCGGUCGCGGAGCUCGGCCAGCCUGCCCCCCCGGGCCGAGGGGGCGCUGCGCAGAUCCGCCUCGCUGGGCAGGGCCGCGGCGGGGCCGCCCCUGGCCCGCGCUCCCCCCGGGGCCACCCUGCAGCGGGGCCGGCAGCCCCCUGGGCCCCUGCGGCCCUCGGCCGUGCCCGAGUCCAGCUUCUGA